CCUCCCGGUGGUUUCCGGUCCGCGUAGAACGGCGGCGAUGUGGCGGCCGCGAUCAGGCACCGCCGCGAACCCCUAAGCGGCGGGGCCCGGCGGGGUCCUGGCGGCGUUGCCCGUGCGGGGGCGCCUGGGAGACCCCGCGCCGGGCGCCGCUGAGGCCUCACGUUGUCAUGGAUGAUGAAGACGGGCGGUGCCUGUUAGACGUCAUCUGCGAUCCGCAGGCCCUGAACGAUUUCCUCCAUGGAUCCGAGAAGAUUGACAGCGAUGAUCUCCUGGACAACUCCGGCGACGCCGCCAGCGCCUUCUUCGAGGGGGCCGGGCUCCACAGCCAGGAGGCCUCGGGGAACCCUCUGAGCUCGGAGCCCAGCGCGCCGCCGGCCAGCGUGGACCUGGACUUCCUGGAGGAUGACAUCCUGGGCUCGCCGGGCGGCGCCGGCGCGGGCGCCGAGCAGCCGUGCGACAUCCUGCAGCAGAGCCUGCAGGAGGCCAACAUCACCGAGCAGACGCUGGAGGCCGAGGCCGAGCUGGACCUGGGCUCCUUCCAGCUGCCGGCGCUGCAGCCGGUGGUGCAGGCGGCCGACGGCACGCCGCAGAUCUUCUCGGGCGGCGCCGACCUGCUGGGGCUGCAGCCGCCGGCCGUGCUGGCGGCGCCCCAAGCCUUGGUGCAGCCGCCGGCGGACGUGGUGAACAAAGCCAUCAGCGUGCAGCCCUUCCUGCAGCAGGUGGGGCUGGGCAACGUCACCAUCCAGCCGCUGCCCAACCUGCCCGGCCUGCCCAACGGCAGCCCCGGCGGCGCGCUGGGGCUGGGCCCCAUCCAGGUGGUGGGCCAGCAGGUGAUGGCCAUCAACCAGCCGGCGGCGCCGCAGCUGCUGGCCAAGCCGGCGCCGGUGGCGGCCGUGGGCGGUUAUAUCGCCCAACCGGAGUCAGCGGCGGCGCAAGGAGCGGGAUUGGUGAUCCAGAAAAGCCUCCCGGCCGUGGCCGCCACCACCACGCUCAACGGCAGCUCCGUGUUCGGCGGCGUCUCGGCGGCGUCGGCGCAGCCGCUCACGGUCACCUCGGGCCUGGGCGGCUCCUUGGUGCCGGCGCCCAACGUCAUCAUCCACCGCACGCCCACGCCCAUCCAGCCCAAGCCGGCCGGCGUGCUGCAGCAGAAGCUCUACCAGAUCUCGCCCAAGCCCUUUGCCACCAGCGGGGCGCUGGCGCUGCCCGAGGCGCCGGCAAAGGCGCAGCAGAACCUGACCUUCAUGGCCGGCAAGGCCGCGCCCAACGUGGUGCUCCAGGGCUUCCCGCCCAACGUCUUCAAGCCGCCGCAGCCGCCGCAGCCGCCGGCGCUGGGCAAGGGCAUGAGUGUGCACGUGCUCAACCAGGGCGGCUCCAUCGUCAUCCCGGCGCAGCCCUUCCAGGGCCAGAACCAGUUUUUACUGCCGGGCCAGCUGGCCGGCGCCUCGGCCGUGCCGUUACCGCAGCCGCUGUCGGCGCUGCCGGCCGGCGUCGGGGCCCCGUUGUUACCGGGGGCCGGCCAAGCUCACAUCAUCGCCGGUCAAGGCGCCGCCGGUGCCGCCACCGCGCAGCUCCUGGCCAACCCCGCGCUGCCGGCGCAGCUGCUCAACCAGAACCUGGCCGGGCAGCUGAACCUGGGCCCGGCGCACAUCCUGUCGGCGGCGCCCAUCCAGCUGCAGCCGGGCCAGCCGGCGCCCGCGCUUUUCCAGAUGCCGGUGUCGUUGGCCGGGCCCUUGCCCAGCCCCGGUUCGGCGGCGGCAGCACCGGCGGCGCCCACGGUGAUCCAGGGCGUGACGCUGGCCAGCCCUGUGGCCGUGCUGGGCGAGGGUUUGGGUGCCGCCGUCAACGUCCCGGCGGCCGCUGGUAGCCCCGGUGCUGAGGCGGGAUCCGGUUCCGCCUCCGGUUCCACUUCCGGUUCCGGUUCCGGUAGCGCCGCUCAGCCCGCGGGGACGGGGCAGGGGGCGGGGACGGGGGCGGGGCCGGUGCCGCCAAGCCCCGCCCCCAGCCAGGCCCAGCCCAGCCCCGGCCUGGCCGCCAGCCCCGAGAAAAUCCUGCUGGGAACGACAACGGGAACGGCGACGGCAACGGCCGUGAUGGGGCAGGACGGCGUGCCCAUGUUCCUGCAGCAGGUGCCGCCGGCGCUGCUGCUGCAGCCGAAGCCGCCCCCGUCCAGCCCGGCCCCGUUCCCGCCCGCGGCCGCUCCCGUCCUGGUGCCGGCGGCCCCGGCAGCGCCCGGCCCGGCUGCAGGUGCCGCCGUUGCCGCCGCCGAGGCCCCGAAGCCGCCGCCGUUCUCAGGCCCCGCCCCCGGGCCGGGCCCCCCCCCCGGCCCGCCCCGGCAAGGCGGCCCGCCCCCCGGGAAAGCGGCCCCGCCCCUCCCCCCCCCGCAGCCCGCCCAGGCGAAGCCGUCGGGGCUCAAGGGCCCCCCCCAACCCCCGGCGGGGGGGAAGGGACCCCCGGCCCCGCCCACGCUGGAGCCGAAGGUGCCGCUGAAGAAAGCGCCGGCGCUGCAGCCCAGCAAGGAGGCCUGCCUCCUGGAGCAGCUGCACCGGCACCAGGGCGCCGUCCUGCAGCCCGAGCUGCGCGCGCCCUUCCGAUCGCUGGGCGACGCCCUCAGGAGGCUGCUGCCCUAUCACGUGUACCAGGGGGUGCUACCGGGGGAGCAGGAGUGCCAGAGAGUGGACGAGGAGUUCGAGGCGGUGUCGGAGCAGCUCCUGCGCCGCACCCGGGCCAUGCUGAACAAAUACCGGCUGCUGCUGCUCGAGGAGUCCCGGCGCUCGAGCCCCUCGGCGGAGAUGGUGAUGAUCGAUCGCAUCUUCAUCCAGGAGGAGAAAACGGCGCUGGCGCUCGACCGGCAGCUGGCGCGGGACCGGCCCGACGAUUACGUCACCUCCUCCUCCUCCUCCUCCUCCUCCUCCUCCUCCUCAUCUUCCUCCCGUCCCACCCCCCCCCCCUCCUCCUCCUCCUCCUCCUCCUCCUCCUCCUCGCUGCCCCUCCCCCAGCCCUCCCCCGCCCCUCCCCCUCCCGCCCCUCCCCCCCCGGCGCCCCCCAAGCUGCUGAUCAAGCACGGGGGGGGCUCCCCCAGCGUCACGUGGUUGGGGGAUUCCCCGAGGGGCGUGGCCGGGGGCGGGGCCGGGUCAGGGGGCGGGGCCUCCUGCCGGGGGGCGGCGGAGGAGGAGGAGGCGCUGCCGGCGCGGAGCCGCCCGCCCAUGAUGAAGACGUACGAGGCGCGGAGCCGCAUCGGCCUCAAGCUGAAGAUCAAGCAGGAGGCCGGGCUGAGCAAGGUCAUUCACAACACGGCGCUGGAUCCGCCCGGCAUCAUCCCCACCGCCAUGACGGCCGGGAUCCGCCAGCACCGACCGGCACCGGGCCCGCAUCCACCACCACCACAACAACCACAGCAACAGCUGAAUGGAUCCCUGGAGAAAAAACCCCCGGUACCGGUACCGGUGUCGGUGGGAAACACCGGGAGCGGGACGGCGGCACCGUGCAGGCUGCCACUGAGGAAAACCUACCGGGAGAUCAACCGGGAUAACAUCAUCAACCGGGAUAUCGUCAUCAACCGGGAGCAUCACCGGGAGCGGGAGCAUCACCGGGAUGUGAACCGGGAGCAUCACCGGGAUGUGAACCGGGAGAGGGAGCAUCACCGGGAGCUGAACCGGGAGCAUCACCGGGACGUGAACCGGGCCGAGCCCCCUCCGCGCUCAGAACGGCGCCCGGUGCUGGCGGGGCUGCGCCGGGAGCCCGGCAAGGGCCCCCCCGAGGAGCCGUCGGACGGCGAGGAUGAGGAGGAGGAGGAUGAGGAGGAGGAAGAGGAUGAUGAGGAGGAUGAGGAGGAGGAGGAGGAGGAGGAGGAGGAGGAGGAAGGCUGCGGGACGUGGGGCGGGAAGCGGCGCCGCGCCGAGGCCGAGGUGGACACGGCGUCGUUCAGCAGCGACAGCCCCCAGGACGAUUCGCUGAGCGAGCACCUGCAGAGCGCCAUCGACAGCAUCCUCAACCUGCAGCAGCCGCGCGGCACCGGGACAGGAACGGCAACACCGGGAACAACACCGGGAAUGGCACCGGGAAUGGCGACACCGGGAACACCGGGAAUGGCGGCGGCACCCGGAGCCCUCGUGCCCCCCCCCAGCCACAACGGCGGCCUCGGAGCCGCCCGGACGUGCACGAGAUGACGGCGGGAGGGGGGGAAAGGACACCGGGAUGGGGACACCGGGAUAGCGCCGGGAUCUGACCGGGAUCUGACCGGGAUAACACCGGGAUGUGACCGGGAUAACGCCGGGAUCUGACCGGGAUAACGCCGGGAUAACGCCAGGAACGGGAUCGGACUGGGGUCUGACCGAGAUCACACCGGGAUCUCACCGGGAUCUGACCUGGAUAACGCCGGGAUAACACCGGGAAAUCACCGGGAACAGGAUCAGACCGGGAUCCAGGACGGACGGGACCCCGGGGUCUGACCGGGAUACCGGGAUCGGGUCACCGGCAUCAGGAGCUGACCGGGAUCACACCGGGAUAACGCCGGGAUAACGCCGGGAUAUCACCGGGAUAACACCGGGAUAACACCGGGAUAACACCGGGAUAACGCCGGCAACGGGAUCGGACCAGGAACGGGACACCGGGAAUGGGACCUGACCGGGAUCCAGAACGGAACCGGGACACCGGGAACGGGAUCGGGAUCAGGAGAGCCGGAUCCAACCGGGAUCCAACCGGGAUCCAACCGGGAACGGACUGGGAUUGGGACAGCGGGAACGGAACGGGAUCAGCAAUGGAACGGGAUUGGGAUUGGGAACGGGAUCGGGAUUGGGAUUGGGAUGGGAUUGGGACACCGGGAAUGGCCAUUGGGAUCGGGACAUUGGGAUCAGAACGGGACCGGGACACCGGGAACGGACGGGAUUGGGAUGCUGGGAAUGGACUGGGACCGGGAAUGGAACGGGAACGGGAUUGGGAAUGGGAAUGGGA